AUGACGGGAGAAAAUGAUUCUAUUCAGAAAAUUGAAGAACGUCAAUCAACUGAACGUGGAUGGAAAUCAGCAACUAAAAAUGGUCAACAACGAACAGAUGAUUUAUUUUCCUCUCCAAUAAAUUCAAUUCUACCAUUACUUUCAUGUUUAGAUAAAAUCAGAUAUUAUUGAACUUUUAUCACGCUUCGAAUUCUAAGAAACAAAUUGUUUGAAUAAAGAAGAACUUCGACGUGAUGUUGACGACUUAAAACGUAUGCAACAAGAACAUAUAUCCAAAUUAGAUACAAAUUUACUAGCAUCCUCAUUUGAUGAGGAACAUGCUUCAUGGUUGAAAAAGAAAAAUACAAAAAUGACAGGGUCGAUUUUCUAUGUUUAGAAGAACUCUAUGAUCAUUUAUAUGUGCUUGAUAAGAACUGAUUUAUUUCUGCUAUGGUUAACUAUUUACAUAUUUUCAGUAAUUUUGUCAGAUAAAUGAGUUAAAUCGAACGAAUAAUUGAUUAUAAAUAUAUUUUAGUUUAUUCCAGUGAGUACCACUUGUUAUGAUGAUCCAAAAAAAUAUCAUUCAGGACGAGCCGCAUGUCAAAGCAUGUAGCUUUUAUCUUUUAGAUGCUUGUACUUUUAUUAUUUAAUAGACUCAUUUUUACUUUAGGCGACGACUUAAGUCAUUACAAAGAAAAUUUCUGGUCUAGCACAGACAAUGGUU